GAUGAGUGACCAGUCGUACGGCGGUGUUACGUGCGAGACGAUCGUUUUUCCCGGGAAGGAUGAAGCUUCUUAUACUCUGUGUGAUGGUGCACGGUCUGUCGGCGGAGGAGCCGGGCCAGGUGCUGUCGAUCGGUCGAUGGAAGGAGCAGGUUGUCGCACCGGACUUCCUGCUUGGCGACGAGCACGAGGAGAUCCCCGGGGGCAGCCGGGGUUCCGCGUAUGGCGAGAAGCGCAACUACCGCCCCGAGGGACUCGCCGAGCAGGUGAAACGCAUCGCCGGCGCGGAGGACGUCGGGCUGCAGCCGCGUCUCGUAACGAGAUCUCUGUGCACCUGCGAGACGCAAUAUGAGAUGAGGGAUCUGGGCGAGGGACACUAUCCGAGAUACUUAACUGCAUCGCGCUGCAAGCCGAAAGCCUGCCAGAGCAAGUUCAAUUCCUGUCGACUGCUGCACUACAUGGUUCACGUGUUGAGCCAACGCGAUUUGGGCGGAUUAAACGACGAGCACUACUCGGAGGAAAACGGGCUGCCGGAAGCCCCACUUCCGGAGGCUCUCCGUCACAAGUGGAGGCUGAAGCCGAUGUCGAUCGCCGUCGCGUGUGUGCCGGCGACAGAUAGAAGAAAUUAAUGUACGCGCGGCCACCUCGGACGUGUCCGGGCUACCGAUCGAGGAGGAGGACGAGGAUUCGCCGGAUCCAGCGGCCUUUUCUGUAUAUCGAUCGCGUCCCAGGAAAAUGCCCGGCGAGAACUGACGGACGACGGCACGCGCGAGCUUCUGCUUUAAUCGAACUCGAAACGCUUGUACUCGGCAUGCCUGCACGCCGCGAAGCGUGAAAUGUGUAAGAACGAGGGAAUAAUUACAUUGUGUGCGCAUUGUA